AUGGUGCUUGUGCUGGUGCUUAAGUUGGCGCUGGUGCUUGUGCUGGAUAGUGCUUGUUCUGGUGGUAGUGCUCGUGGUGGUGGUGGUGGUGAUGCUUGUGCUGAUGCUGAUGCUGGUGCUUGUGCUGGUGCUUGUGCUUGUGCUUGUGCUGGUGCUAGUGGUAGUGCUUUUAGUGGUGGUGGUGGUGGUGCAGGUGCUGGUGCUUGUGCUGGUGCUUAUGCUGGUGCUUGUACUGGUACCGGUGCUGAUGCUGGUGCUGGUGCCUAUGCUUGUGCCGGUGCUUGUGCUGGUGCUUGUUCCGGUGCUGGUACUUAUGCUGGUGCUGGUGCUGGUGCUUUUGCUGGAGCUUGUGCUUGUCCUGUUUUUGAUACUUGUGCUCCUGCUGGUACUGGUUCUGGUUCUUGUGAUAGUGCUGGUGCUAAUGCUUAUCCUGUUGCUUAUGUUGGUGCUAAGGGUUGUGCUGGUGCUCCUGCUGGUGCUGGUGAUAGUUCUGGUGCUUGUGCUGGUGCUAGAGUUGGUGCUUGA